AUGUGGUACCUUGACAAAGAUAUACUUUUCCUAAUACUUGAAGAAAUAAACAAUGAUAAAAAAACGCUUUAUUCAUGUCUUUUAGUUAACAGAACCUGGUGUGUAGCAGCGGUUCCUCUUUUAUGGAGGAAUCCUUGGGAUAGUUAUAACUUCAAGUCACUACUCGAUGUAAUACUUUCAUAUUUAUCAGAAGAAUCGAGAAAUAUUUUGAAGAAUCAAGGAAUCAAUAAUCUUAUUGCAGAAACUUAUCAGCAACCUUUAUUUAACUAUAUUGAUUUCUUAAAAUAUUUGGAUUUAAAUUUCUUGGAAAAGAUUAUUUCUUCGUUUAAGAUAGAAGAGUCCAAACAGGUUAUUAUAAAAAAUGAGAUAUUAAAAUUAUUUUGUAAUAGUAAUGCGACGUUUAUUCAUCUUUCAAUCCCACGAAAUAUCAGUAAUUAUCAAUUACAUCUCAUUACAGGAGCUGAACGUUGCCUUUCAGAACUUGAAUUUCUUCAUUGUAAUGUUGAUCAAAAUGUUUUAAAAGAUUUAGCUAGCAUAUGCAAAUCAAUCAAAACACUUAAAGUUGAUAUAUAUUACUGUGCUGAUAAUUCUGGAAUCAUUAAAUUAAUUGAAGUACAAAAAAACCUACAUGACGUUGGUUUCAUUGGUAUUCAUUAUGACAGUUCACAAAAGAAGAUAAAUGAUGAAUCAUUUUAUAAAUCUCUUGAAGAAUCUUUAAUCAAACAUGCAGGUACUAUCCAGUAUUUGAAAAUUGACUGGAUUCCUAUUACAGGAUUUCUUUCAUAUCUUGUAAAUUUAUCAAGUUUAGAAAUUUGCAAUGGGUGGAAUGAUAUCAAUUAUUUUGAGAAUUUAUCAUCACCUAAUUUAAAAAUCCUAAAUGUAAAUCAAGUUCCACCUAAAAUUUUGGCAAAUCUAGUUAAAAAUACAAUAGGACAACUUACUGAAAUCAGUAUAUCCAGUGUUGAUAAUAAAAUGGUUAUUCAAGUAAUUUAUCAAAAUUGUUCAAAACUAAAAUAUCUUCAUCUAUCAUUGGCUAAUAAUAAUUCAUUGGCUGAUAGUAAUUUAUUUAUCUUAGAAAUUGAAAAUUUAUUAGUUAAUUGUCAAUGUUUGAAAGGAUUAAUUAUUAACACAUGCUUUGCAGUAUUUAGAUGGGAUCAAUUCUUUAUGAUUUUGGCUAGAUCAUCACCAGUAAGCCUGUUUAGGUUUAAAUUUAUUUUUAGUGGUACAGUUAAACUAGAAGACUUAAAAUUAUUUUUUGAUAAAUGGGAAGACAGAAAUCCUAUGCUAUUAACAAUAAAUAACCUUCAAUGUAGUAAAAUGCAAAUGGAAGAUUUAAUCAAACAAUAUAAAGUAAGAGGAACAAUUAAAAAAUGUUCCAUUGAUCGUAAUUUUAUUGGUUAUCAAAAUUUUGAUUGGGCUUAA